AGAUGCAGGUUUAAAUUUGUUUCUGGGAUGUCGCCUUUUGUGUCCAGAUUUAAAUCCGGGAAGAUUAUAGGUUGUCCCGCGACAAUCGCAGUAAUAUGGAGUAGAUGGACACAAGAGGAAACUGGUUGCAUGCGCCUGGUUAUUUUCCGGGUGGUUAUUACACUAUGUCCCAUUUUGGGCUAUGGGACGAGUGCUAUAUUUCCAUCAUUACUUCCCUGCUUUAUUGUUCAGCUCUAUGAUUACAGGUAAAUGAAAGAUUUAAAAAUACUUAUAUGGAAGUAUAUAUGGGUGUUUCACGUAGAACUGCGGCGAUCAAUUACUCAAAAAGUUGACAUAAGACAUUUAUCAAAGUCUGGCUUUAACAUAUAACUGAUCGAUAAAUUCGGCUAGAAUAUUUUCGAAAUUGUGGCUCUCCCAUUUAUACCGGAAGGAGUACCAACUUGCUUAUUUUAAAUAGAAUACCCUCUUUAGUAUGAAAUUUAUCAACAUAUACCUAAGUCUAACCGUUUUUGACCUAUCUCAAAUUUAAACUAAUACAAAUGCAUGCC